AUGGCGGCACAAGCAGCGGGUCUCUUCCUUCCUGCUGUCGCCGGCGGUUUGGCCGCCCCCGGGCGGCGCCGCGGAUGCGGUGGCGCCGCCGCUCCCUCCAGGAGGACCGCUGCGGGUCGUAUCAGCGCCCAAUUAGGUAACUAAACAGGUGCCGCUUUCAUUCCCGUCGUCCCAUCUCCGUGACGAAGUUAUUGGUCCCCUUCUGUCGUAGGUGGGGAGAAGAAGCCGGAGAAGAAGUUCAUCACCAGGGAUGAGGAGCCCGAACAGUAAGCCGCCGCCCUCUGGAACCUCCGGACGCCAUUUUUGUUUCUUCUUCUUCUUCUUCUUCUUCUUCCCGGGAUCAAUGGCAGAGCCUGGAAAAUUGCAGGUACUGGCAGACGGCGGGGGAGAGGGAAGGGGAAAACCCCAUGAAGACGCCGCUGCCCUACAUCAUCAUCUUCGGCAUGUCGACGCCCUUCAUCAUUCUGGCUGUGGCAUUCGCCAAUGGGUGGAUCAAGGUCCCUAUCCGAUAG